AAAACAUGUUUUGUAAUCAUUACUUUUGAAGUUUGAGCACUAAUAAGAGGAAGAAUCUUCACACCAAGCAGCUACAUCAUUGUCACAAAUGCACCACAGGCCGGCGCAGAAUCUGAAACCUAUUUACCCUUUUUUUCUUUCUUUUAAACAAAUUGAUUGGCCUACCCCCUGGUUGCGAUGAAUAUUUUUUGUGUCAUGUUUAGCAGCUUGUCUUUUGACUCUCUGAUUCUCCUGCUAAUUGUCUCAGCAGGGCAGCUGACCAAGAUGGCUGCCCUGCCCUCUGGAUUACUGUGACUAUACUCCAGCAACAAAAGAGGAGUUGAGGAAAACACCAAGGAGAAAUAAAAUACUUCACCCAUCCCUCUCCCCAAGAAGUGCCAGAUCUUUAUUUCACUCUUUUCUCUCUGCUUUUUCUGUCUCAGUGCCCCACAAAGUGAAUGGAAAGCACACGACAAUCUUUUUUUGUUGACGUUCGAUGGCGCGUGAUAAUGUGGUCAUUAUCAUCGCUAAAGGAACAGGUUGAGGCUCAGACAGGGUUUCAUUGGGGGCCUUUAAAGCACAUACAAUCACACACACACACGCACGCACACACACACUUUCAGUGUGGGAAAAGAAUGCAUCUAAAAGAGGGACAGCUGUUUGGGUGGUUCGUGAGGAUGGCAAGAUGGCCUACUGUAAACUCCACCUGUGCAUACGGCCAUGCCUCAGGCUGUGGGGGAAAGCAAGGGCCAGCAGCGUGGGAGCCUGUGAUUUUGUCCAGUCAACUGGGAGGUGUGUAUUAGCGUGCGAGGAAUCCCAAAAUGACACCCAAAUAAAUUCAGAAUCUAUUUAAUGUGAUUUUGUCAUAAGAAAAUUCUCAAAACUGACUUUUAAAACCUUUUCAAAAUCUCCAAAGUCAUAUUUACAGAUAAUACCAAAGUGGACAGCACUGGCCUACAGAGGCAGAGAGCAGUAACUAAAGAAGAGAAAAGUUGAGUGAAAGUUUAAGUUUUCCGACUUGCUGACAAACUGCGUGACAGAUAUAAAGGUUGCAAUGUGUUCUGUAUUUUUAUCUCCCAAAAAUCCCUGCCAGAAACCUACAUGAUUCACUAAUACAACAAAACACAUGAUACUGCUCUCUGCAUUUGGAUAAUAGAUAAUAUAAUAAUACAGAAUGUAAGUGCAAAAUGCAGCAUCUACAAACAAAAUCUUCUUUCAGCUUGUUUCACAAAACAAACUUUGUUUUGAUCAUUUAGCUUAGCCUGUAAUGUAUGUGUUUUGCCACAUGUCUAUCUAUUGUAUACAUUUUAUUGUGUGAUUUAAUGGUAGCUGAACCACAUCAAAGCAUAUGCAUUCCACUAAAGUCAAAAGCUGACAUAGCAUGUGUAUUGAGAUGCUAAGCUUAUUAGCUUUAGCAGGAGAUGAAAUGUUCUUCUCUUUCGUGAUUUGCUUUGGCUUCUGCCUCAUUUGGCUAUGUGGAAUAACAAACUGAUGUCUUGACUGUUUAUCAAAAUUUAUAUUUUUCAUUUAGAGAUAAUAGCUAUAGUUAGCUAUAGCUAAAGUAAGUUUAGAUACCAACUUGGCGUUCGGUAUCUAGUACUUUUUACAUAUCUAUGAUCUCACCAGUUUUAUUUGAUUUAGCUCUCUUGCUUUGGCUGUUUAGUUGGGCGGCUGUCUGCAGUACAAAGUGCAGUAAUGGUGGCUUUUAAAGGCCACAGAUUAAGACGAACAAAAUCUGCAUAGAGAUCUGUUUAAAAGAGUGUGAAAGCUGGGCCCUACAUGUAUAAUUUAUUGCAACUGUAUAUCAGACAAUAGCGGUAUCUCUAUACACUUUGUUUUAGCCACUAAAAAUAAUGUAGUGUAGUGACGUGGAAUAAUGUACAUAACCUACACUCUCACCCAUCUUUAUACAUAUACUUUAUACAUUUAUAAUAUCUCCUGAAACAUUUUUAAACAAUAGACCAUAUGGAAUGGGAGAUUUCUGAUGGAGUGAACUGUUUGUCUUUGCAUAGCAUCACCGAAAUUAAUCUUGUGCACUAUCAAUCACCCGGUGUAAACGUUGUGUUGGUGCGUGUUGAGUGGAUGAGGAAUGUGAUUAACUUUUCGUCUAUGUGUGUCCAGCUGACUUCAUUCAGGCUGGACAUAGAACAAGAGAGAUGAAGAAAGGACAGGGAAGCAGUUAAUACCAAACAAUUAAAGGAAAUGGAUUAAAUCCUGCUGUUUUAUUAAAUUUGAAAUUCAAAUGAAAUGCUCCCUGCGUGGUUUUGCUCAUAUAUUAAGAGGCUGAGGAUCAUUUUGGAUUAUUUUCAGGGUGUGCUCAUCAUAUUGGUUAACCCUCCAUGAUUUAAGAAUGGGAUUAGCUAUUUACCAGUUUACAAUCAUGUUAUAUAAGUUUCCCCUCACAGUGUAUACAGUCAUUGAAAUGAUUUAUAAACUGACAAAAGCACAGGAAGAGGUGUUUUUUUUGAAGGACAUUUGUUUUAUGUUGAAUGAGAUGAAAUUGCAGAGGCAGUGGUGGUGUCCUCCCCUCCCUCCCCCAGGGCUGACUGGAAACGCCCCAGGGACAGGAUGGGACGGACCGGGCCAGCCUCUCAUUCAUCAGCCUCUCCCCUCUGCGUGGCUUCACAACAUCAGUAAAAACAACAUCAGUCUCGGAAAACAAAGCUUUUGUGCCGAAUCACAUCAGGCCGGGUGGCUUUAAACAUUCAAGACUUUAAAGAGUUUACCUAAAACACACUGAAUCUCAUUCGUCUGAACUGUUCACAAGGUGCAGCUCUAUCUGCAGAGUGCUGCUGCUUUUGGUGUUUUCUAAAUGUUAUCUUUUUGUAGGUAAUUGUGCACAAUGUUACACAUAUUUAAAUUUAAACUGAACUGAUGAGCACAGUGAUGCCACAGUAACCUGGGCUUUGGGGUCCUCUGGGGCCUGGUUCACAAUGGAGCCUUGUGGUGUUUGAGCUCUGUAAUAAAUGGUAAUAAAACUGCUAGCACGGACAAAUAAAUAAUUUAUGCUAAUAAAACUGCUUAUUUAUGAACCAAAUGAUGACAUUCCCAUGAACAGCAACAUAACUGAGGGUAAGAGAGACUGGGGGCUAGUUAGUUAACUAUCUAAAUAAGGUAGCACUGUGCUGGUCAAAUAGCUCCAAUGAAUUUACUGGUUUUCACUUCAUGUCUCCUACUCCUUGCCGCUCGCGAGACCUCACUUUUAAAAUUUACGACGUCCUCGAGCGCAAACGUUCAGAGACAGCCUGGAACUGCUCUCUGAUUGGUCGUCGGGCUCUCAGCGGCACUUCAAAGCCACGAAGAAGCUACAACUACUAAAGCAGUCAGAGAGGAAAGACAGACUCAUCACAUCCAGUCACCGUGAGCGCACACACACACACACAGUCAGUCGGACAUACAGCACAGACGAUGGCUGCUACAAUGCUAGGGGAGGAGCCCCGGCUGGGCAGCACGCCGCUGGCCAUGCUGGCUGCCACCUGCAGCAGAAUUGGUGACCCCAGCCCUUCGUGCUCCCCUGCUCUCUCCGAUGGAGCCCCGGGACUCGUCAAGGGCUUCCACCCGUGGAGAAGAGCCCCAGGGACCAGCAACCUAGGUGCCUGCCUCACCUCGCUCGGGGUUCCCUCUGGAGCCUCCAGGAAUAACGGGGCCGGACUGACGGAGACCUCCAGUGCUUUCUCGGUGACCACUGCCAACUCCCCUUUUGGAAAUGAUUAUUCUAUGUACCAGACUGCUGUGCCAUCAGACAACAGUGUGCCCGAUCCUGCGCACGCACAGCGGUCUAUGUUUCUGACCAAAAUCCCGUCCUCGGUGGAAGGCAUAACCGGGAUAUAUCCGAGGAUGCACGCGCAUCCCUAUGAGUCAUGGUUCAAGCCCAUAGGAGAGGUCAGUAACGGGUCCGCUGCUUGGUGGGACAUGGGAACCAGCUGGGUGGACACACAGAGCACGGCCGGGUUACCUUCUCAUCUGAGCGGCUACAGCACUGACUUCAGCUCCGCUUUCAGCCCCGGUGCCACUCAGCACCUGCUCCCCGCCACACAGCACCUGUUUGACGGCUUCAGGCCACCUGUCCCGUGUCCCUACACAGAGUCUACGACGGCAGGGGCACCUGCACUGACAGGAAACCCCGUCGUUUCUCUACCCUCAACCUCCCGCUCCUCCUCGCGGCGCUACUCCGGCAGAGCCACGUGCGACUGUCCGAACUGCCAGGAGGCGGAGAGCCUGGGCCAGGGGGGCACGAGCCCGCGGCGGAGGGGAAUGCACAGCUGCCACAUCCCGGGUUGCGGUAAAGUUUACGGCAAGACCUCUCACCUGAAGGCUCACCUGCGCUGGCACACCGGAGAGAGGCCGUUCGUCUGCAACUGGCUCUUCUGCGGGAAACGGUUCACGCGCUCCGACGAGCUCCAGCGGCAUUUGCGCACGCACACCGGGGAGAAGAGGUUCGAGUGCUCCGUUUGCCACAAACGGUUCAUGCGCUCCGACCACCUCAGCAAGCACACGAGGACGCACAGCGCGGAGGGCUCGGAGGAUGGCGGAGAACCGGGACUCGGUAAAGGGAGCAGCGACACGGACAAUAGCCUCUCCGGUAGCCCGAGCCAGUCUCCCGGGCUACACGCGCGUGAUAAUGUCCAAAUCACCGAGGGUGCGGUGGAAUAAUUCACUAAACUAAACACGAACAAAGCAACACGUGGGCAUUUGAUUACACUGUACCAGCCUUUAUGGAGGGCGUUUUCUUGGACACUUAAAAACUGAAAUGGCACUUUAUGAUGAACACUGUGUCCUUACCUCAUAUAUGUUUAUUUGUAGCCUUCUUUAAAAUAAAUUUUUACUCUUCAGUUUA